GCAGAAACAGGAAGAAUAUAAACCCAUAAACAGUCAACCUGAUUGGCAGCUACCCCCAAGUCCGAAUUCUGGCACGUGAGGAUCGGUGAUCGCACUGUUUGCACUAAAACCUUCGUAUUUUUUCACCCGUUGAUUUAAAUCACUACCAAGCAUGUUUUCACGACUCAGAGCUGCUGCUCGUACUGUAAGACAAUACAGCACCACACAAGCUCCUAAGCCUCUGUCCACCGCCGGACGCGUGGGAGUCAUAUCGGCUGCUGUUGUGUCCGGUGCCGCCGGGGUUUACUUUGGCAGCACCUAUUUCGGUGGUAGAAAUGACAUCUACACUCGCUCGACCGCACCGCUCGAUGCAGUUCCACCACUCCAGUACGCCGAUAAAAACACAUACGAAGUGGCAAUUGCUGAGAUGAAACAAGUGGUAGGCGAAGACAACUGGUCGGUGUCCGAAGACGAGAUUCUUGCCGUUUCUGACCUUUUCUUCAGCACUCACAGACCUCCAAAACCCGCAGAAAACAAGCCCAGUAUAAUCAUAAGCCCGGCUGAUACACAACAAGUGUCUCAAAUCGUCCAGAUUGCCCACAAGUACCGGGUGCCAAUUGUUGCCAACUCAGGAAUGACCUCCUUAGAAGGACACACGAUGCACACCAGAGGUCCUUAUAGUGUAUCAUUAUCGUUUUCAAGGAUGAACAAAAUCUUGGAAUUCCACCCCGAUGACUUGGACGUAGUGGUUCAACCAGCGGUGGGAUGGCAGGAAUUGGCUGAGUUUUUACAGGACCACGAGAAGGGUAAACGGUUGAUUUUUGGGCCUGAUCCCGGCAUGGGUGCCACCGUGGGUGGUAUGGCCAGUACGUCUGCCUCCGGUACCAAUGCGUACCGUUACGGAACCAUGAAGGAAAACGUCGUGAACAUGACGGUGGUUUUGGCUGACGGGACCAUUCUCAAGACCAGACAACGGCCCAGAAAAUCCAGUGCUGGCUACGACUUGACCCGUUUGUUCAUUGGCCUGGAAGGAACAUUGGGCUUGAUCACCGAAAUAACCAUAAAACUUCAUGUCAAGCCCGUGUACGAGUAUGUGAGUAUUGCCACGUUCCCAACGAUGAAGGAUGCCACCAAAACUGCUUCUACUAUUGUGGCCAAGAGCGGGCUCCAGUUGAAUGCAAUUGAGCUUCUUGAUACCACCAUGGUGGGGUUUGUGAAUGCUGGAGGUAUCACCGAUGCCAAGGGCCGGCCCAAAGUUUUUCUUGAGAAGCCUACGCUUUUGUUGAAGAUUGGUGGGCCCACCAAAGAAUCGAUUCACCAAGACACAAAGCUCGUGCAACAAAUCGCCAAAGACAAUGGAGUUGUGAAGUUUGAGCUGUCCACCUCGGAGGAGGAAAAUGCCUUACUUUGGUCUGCUAGACGAAAUGGGCUCUUUUCCACCAUUGAACACGGUCAAAAGGUUUUGGACGACCCGAAUGACGUCCAGUGUUGGACCACCGACAUCGCUGUGCCGCUUUCAAAUCUCCCCGAUGUGAUUUCCGAAACUCAUGAUGAUUUGAACCGUCUGGGAUUCAAAGGAAAAUUCGCAACCAUGGGCCACAUUGGAGAUGGAAACUGCCAUUUUUUGCUUUUGUACAACAAAAAGGACUAUGGGAAGGCCCAGGCGGCGGUGGACCGAAUGGUGGAACGGACCCUUCAGUUUGAAGGGACUUGCACAGGAGAACACGGGGUUGGGGUAGGAAAACGGAGAUUUUUACCAGUGGAACUAGGCCAGCCGGCGGUGGACUUGAUGAGAAAAAUCAAGUAUCUGUUGGACCCGCACGCAGUUUUGAAUCCUGAUAAGGUGGUGAAGUUAGAAGCCGGGGACCCGCUUGAUGAGCUUCUUGAGGCCGGCCAUGUGGCUGAGUCUGGAAAAGGAUGUUGUUAGAUCAUAGACUAUUAUAGAGGAAUCCUGGGCGGCGCACGCGCCCGCACCACCGAAAAA